CUACACCCUCAAAUGGGUGACACUUCAAUUGCAGUGUUAGAUUGGGUCCAGAUCCGUCGACCCAGUCGGUUCCACAAGCUGCCUUUUAUAUUGGUCUGCACCACAGCAGCUGGGACCAGCAACCUUUCGCCUGGCCGACAGUUCACACUGGUACACCAGCCGAAACCACUGUCCACCUCUGACCAGGCAGCUGCGACCGACCAACGCCACAUGGUUCUGGGUUGGGACUUCCCUGAGGCACAACUUGAAAUCCCAGCUGGGCAACCACCCAAAGCAGACUUGCCGGCUGAACCUCUGCAGCCUGAUCGCCGCCCAUUUCGGGUCCACCGGAGGCCUCUUUAUCUCAGGGACUAUGUUAACAAUUAAUUUCUAAACUAGUGCAAAGCAUAUUAUGUGGCAGAAUAAUCCACAAGGCUAUGCGGGUAAUCCGGCAGUUGUGUUAAAAGUUGAUGUGUUACAGCUUUGUUUUUAGGCUUUAUGUGGGGCCACAAGCUUGGUGUAGUGCUCUUGCCUUUGCAGCAAGAAGAUGCUUUAUGUGGUCCACCGGCUGUCAUAAAGCCUGUCCUCACUCAAACUUGUUGUGUUCAGUAGAGGGUGUUGCGAUGACGUAAGAUUACGACAGGCUGUAAAUUAACAGUAACAACACCUGACCUGUGAACAUCCAAUGAGGGAUAAUGACAACACUCCAUUGUUUGGUGUUAUAUUUAGAUGGUUCUGGUCUGUGAAGUCAUCAUCUGUGUCAGAAAGGCUGCACAGAGCUCAGCAGGAGACUCAGCUGCACGUAUCUACAGCAUUUCAUCACUGAACAAACCUUCUCCACACUGGAUCUAAACUUUUAUAUUACAAUAUAAAUACUACAGAUACUAUUUGACAGUUCCCUCAAAGAGCAAUAUGAAUUCAAACAACUCAGUGUUUGGUCAGACUUUAGCGCAACUACAUAGUAAGUUCAUUAUCGUGCAGGUGCUGGUGGUGAUUUUUAUCUGUGUCAACUUGUUGCUGAUCGUGACCUUCUUUAAAAAUGAAUGUUUCUACACAACUGCUCGCUACAUCCUCUUUGCUGUGACGUUACUGUCGGAUAGUUUCUUGUUCUUAGUGUCUGACCUUCUCUUCAUCUUUGCUGUUUUUCGAGUCACCAUGUGGGUAUCGUUGUGCAGCGUCAUCUGCAUCAGUGUACUCUUGUACCUCAUCGUCACACCAGUGACUCUCACAGCGAUGACGCUGGAGCGCUACGUGGCCAUUUGUAUGCCCUUACGUCACGCGGAGCUGUGCUCCACGCGCAACACUCUACACGUCAUCCUCGUCAUUCACGGCCUCAGCUCUGUACCCUAUGCCGUCUUUCUUUUCACCUUCUUUGCUUCAGCAUCUCUUGACUUUUACCAUCAAUACAGGAUAUGCUCUGUGGAGAUUUUAAUUGUGUAUAAAUGGCAGGAUCACAUCAGGUCAGCUGUGUUUCAGUUCUACUUCCUCAUCAUGUGUCUCAUCAUCAUGUUGUGCUACUUUAAAAUAAUGAAAGUGGCCAGAACUGCGUCAGAAGAUGAUAAAAUAUCGAGCAAAGGACUCAGGACUGUAGCUCUUCAUGCUUUCCAGCUGCUCCUCUGUCUCAUCCAGUUUUGGUAUCCUUUAGUAACGUCUACUCUGACUCAUAUUGAUUUCUACUCCUUUGAACAUGUCCGGUUUUUCAGCUACAUAGUGUUUAAUCUUUCACCGCGGUGUCUUAGUCCUCUCAUUUAUGGCCUCAGGGAUGAAAUGUUUUUUACUGCACUGAAAAAAUACCUCUCCUGUGGCUUGUGUGACAGAAAAUAAGUAGUAAUUUAUUUGCUGUUAUAUUUUGUUUGAUAAUCAGCUGCAUUUGAAACAAUAUAUGGACGAUUAAAUCCAGUGGGAGGUCGUAAAAUUGCCACUAAACACCACAACCUACUAUCUACUUCACCAUGUAAUAUACUGUGUACUUCUUGAGAUUUUGUUUGCUGCUUUAGGAAAUGACUUACAGACCUGAUAUAAACAGAUUAUAGAACUGCUUUAAUGGGCUGAAUUUUAACCUCUAAGCUAUUUGAAUGAAACUGUCUUCUCUUCUAUGGUGUUGUAUGCUUUUGUCUAUUACUGACUGAAAUUUAAGGGCCAAUUUAUAGUACAAUUUCUUAAGUUCAGAAAGGCAAAUCCCACAAUUAAGAAGCUGAAAAACCAGAGAGCCUAUUUAAAUUAUUAAAACAUAACAAAACACUCAGACUGGUUAAUUUAGUAAUUGGUUAAUAAUCAGCCCCAAUUACCAUGUAAAACUUUUAUGAACGUAAAAAAUGCGAUGUAGUGUUCAAAGUUGAUGUGUCACAGCUUUGAUUUAGGAAAUAAAAUAUGACUUGUCAUCCUUUCCAUAUCUGCUAUUGUAAUUUGUUUGCGGUGAGGAGAUAUAUAUUUUGUCUGGGAUAAAAUAAACUGACAUCAAACACCA